AUGAGAUUAGCCAACUGCGCAGGAGAUAUUAUAGUGCUCAAGUGUACGCGCAGGCACAAGUGCACUCUCUAUUCCUAUCACUCUCAUACUCCGGUGGGAGUUUACUGCCUCGGUGUUGUAGUGGCUAGCAUGUACGCCUGCACACCUGGAGGUCCUGGGUUCGAGUCCCGGGUCGGGCAAAGUUUAGUUAUUGAGUCUUUCUGUAUAUUAAGCCUCAAUAACAGCCCGGGUUUGGAAAGUACACAAGUUUCACCCCCGUGCCUCGGAGAACAUGUAAAGCCGUCGGACCUUCCCCCUUACUGUCACUGGUCGUGUCGAGUGGUCGUCCCACCAGAGUAUGAGAGUGACAAGAAUAGAGAGUUCACUUGUGUCUGCGCGUACACUUGUGCACUA